CAGUUACUCUUUGGAACAAAUUGGUGGUACUCAAAGCCAAUCUUGGGCCAAAUUUAAGUAGCCAGCCCAUGUGACCUUGUGCAUAAUUAUACAAGGCACCUAUUCGACGUUGAUGCUGGUGGGUUGAACAUAAGUUGAUUGUCAAAGGGGUAAAGGUUAACCAGUCAGAAGGGGAAAAAAAUCUGAUCUUGUAGAAUUUAUUGCCCUUAUAUGAAUUUGCUGAAACAGGGGGAAAAAAUCUGUUCAUUAUCCAUUUGGAAUGUUCAAAGAGAAUAAGGAGGCAAUUACUAUUUGUCUUACAGAGAUCGUUCAGUUUUUAUUCAAUCUUCAGAGUCCUACGGCAUAAAAUGAGAUGAAAACCUUAUUGAGAUUCAAAGAAAACGUCAUAUCAGUACAUGGAUUGGUUAUUUCUGGUCCAUUGUUACCACUUCUGUUUCAGCAUCUGCGUUGUUGCUCUGGUGCAACAAUUCAGUGGAAGAAUGAGAGAGUACCAAUCAAAUGUAGUGAUUUGCUCGAUGAGUUCACUACUUAUUGCUAUGCGAGGGAUCUUCCAAGGGCAAUGAACGCAUUGAAUGCCUUGCAAAUUCAAAAGAUAUGGGCUGAUGCUGUCACCUACUCUGAACUCAUCAAGUGUUGUUUGGCUCGUGGCGCAGUGGAACAUGGUAAACGUGUCCACCAGCAUGUGUUCUCGAAUGGUUAUGAGCCUAAAACUUUCCUUGUUAACACACUUAUGAAUAUGUAUGUGAAGUUUAACAUGUUGGAGGAAGCGCAGGCUUUGUUUGAUCAAAUGUCUGAGAGGAAUGUUGUUUCCUGGACUACCAUGAUAGCUGCCUACUCUAGUGCUAAGAUCAAUAACAAGGCUUUGGAGUUUUUGAUCUUCAUGAUGAGAGAUGGCGUGAAACCUAAUAUGUUUACUUACUCCUCUGUUCUGAGAGCUUGUGAUGACCUUUCCAAUCUUAGGCAGCUCCACUGUAGCUUACUUAAAGUUGGUCUGGAGUCUGAUGUAUUUGUCCGAAGUGCUCUUAUUGACGUUUACUCCAAAAUGGGUCAACUCGAGUGUGCAAUGUGCACCUUUAAUGAGAUGGUGACUGGGGAUCUUGUUGUGUGGAAUUCCAUUAUUGGUGGAUUUGCGCAAAACAGUGAUGGGGAUGAAGCCUUGACUCUCUUUAAAAGAAUGAAGAGAGCUGGAUUCUCAGCUGAUCAGUCGACCUUGACAAGUGCUCUUAGAGCUUGUACUAGUUUAGCACUUUUAGAAGUUGGAAGGCAGGUCCAUGUUCAUGUACUCAAGUUCAAGCGGGACCUAAUCCUUGAUAAUGCACUUUUGGACAUGUAUUGCAAGUGUGGCAAUUUGGAAGAUGCCCACCAAAUAUUUAGUCAGAUGGUAGAGAAGGACGUAAUCUCCUGGAGUACCAUGAUCAUAGGCUACGCUCAGAAUGGUUUCAGCAGAAAAGCACUCGAAUUGUUCAAGGAGAUGAAAGUCUCAGGGAUCAGACCAAACUACAUCACUGUUCUUGGAGUUCUAUUCGCUUGUAGCCAUGCAGGACUCGUAGAAGAUGGACAAUUUUACUUCCACUCAAUGAAGAAGCUCUUUGGUAUUGAUCCAGGAAGAGAACACUAUGGCUGCAUGGUUGAUCUUCUUGGAAGAUCUGGAAAGCUAGAUGAAGCGGUGAAACUAAUCCAUGAAAUGGGAUGUGAACCAGAUGCAGUGACAUGGAGAACAUUGCUUGGUGCCUGCAGAGUACAUCGUAACAUGGAUUUAGCUGAGUAUGCCGCCAAACAAAUUAUAAAGCUGGAUCCAAGUGACGCGGGAACUUACAUAUUACUAUCUAACAUAUAUGCUCGUACUCAAAAAUGGGAAGACGUUAUGGACCUGAGAAGGUCCAUGAAGGAAAGAGGAGUAAAGAAGGAACCAGGGUGCAGCUGGAUUGAAGUAAACAAACAAAUCCAUGCUUUUAUAAUGGGAGACAACUCUCAUCCACAAAAAGAGGAAAUCAACAAAGAGCUAAAUCAGAUUAUUUGGAGAUUAAAAGAGGUGGGAUAUGUUCCAGAUACAAACUUUGUCUUGCAAGAUCUUGAAGAUGAACAGAUGGAAGACUCACUUCUGUAUCACAGUGAGAAAAUAGCUGUUGCCUUUGGUAUACUAAGCCUGUCUAGAGAGAAGACCAUUAGAAUCAGGAAAAAUCUAAGGAUAUGUGGGGAUUGUCAUUUAUUUGUGAAACUUUUGGCACAGAUAGAGCAUAGAAGCAUUGUCAUAAGAGAUCCAAUCAGGUAUCAUCAUUUUCAGGAUGGUAUUUGUUCUUGUGGAGAUUAUUGGUAGUAGGGAAUGGAGUAUCGUAUCGUAUCAUAUUAUAUUAAAAGUGGAAAGCUCCAAACUUCAAAGUUGAUUUACCAUUUUCUGCUAUGUUAAAUUAUACAAGAAGGGGAAAUUUUAUUGAUUCUCUUGUGAACGAGUUCCAUAGAACCUCAACAAUCUUUGAAGUUUCUUUUGUAUCACUUUAUGUGACACUUUUCGCAUUUUGAGAUUUAAACAAGUCUAUUUUUGGUCGUAA